AAAACCCACAUGGCCACAAAACAUCAAAAUCACAAGGGACAAAUGAAAGGACAAAGAAUUACAUUGUCAGAACUUGGUAGCUUUAAAUCUCUUUUUUCAUUUUCUUUCCUGAUCUUAGAUCUAGUGUGACAGUACCCUGAAGAUCCUCUAUCAAAAAGAUCCAAAACCCUUCUCUUAUCCACUGUUUCCUUCUCAUCACUCAAAUCUUAGACCAACUCUACCAUAUUGAGUCCUUAUGUACUUUUACAGCUAAGUCGGGUCCUAGAAUAUGACACACCUUUGAGGUCCAAAUGCAUUAAACUCUGUUUCAAGGUACAGAGAACCAACACAGGUUCUGAAUUCUCUGAACUUGCAUGAAAGCAACAGCUAGGUUGGUUUCUUAUCCCAAGGUAUAUAUAGCUUCAGUAAAUGAGAUCAUGUGAAGUGUAAGCAGGAUAAAGAAAAUAAACUGAUCUUGUUUCAUUACUGAAAACUUGAUCUUUUACUACUAUGGUUAGAUCCUGCUGGAAAAUAACUGGGGAGGGUGGUGAUGAUGAUGUGAAUGGAAGAGUUGAUGGGUUGCUGUGGUAUAAGGAUUUGGGGAACCAUCUUUAUGGGGAAUUCUCAAUGGCUGUGAUGCAAGCAAAUAGUUCAUUGGAGGAUUGUAGCCAACUUGAAUCUGGACCCUUGAGUUUUGACAAUUUGGGUCCUCAAGGAACCUUUAUAGGUGUUUAUGAUGGUCAUGGUGGAACCUCAGCCUCUCAGUAUGUCAGUGACAAUCUUUUCCACAACUUCAAGAGUAUUGCAGCUGAACACCAAGGCAUUUCAGAAAAGGUUAUCAGAAGGGCCUUUCAGGAAACAGAUGAGGGGUUUCUCUCACUUGUCAAGAAGCAGUGGCUAAGCGAGCCACAGAUUGCAUCCACUGGUUCAUGUUGUUUAGCAGGAAUAAUUUGCAAUGGCAUGCUAUAUGUUGCAAAUGCAGGAGACUCAAGGGUGGUGUUAGGAAGAUUGGAGAGGGCAACAAGGGAAACAUUAGCUUUCCAAUUAUCUGAAGAACACAAUGUUAACAUAGAAACUGAGAGAGAUGAAGUUCGGUCAAAGCACCCCUAUGAUUCACAAAUUGUGGCCAUGAAACACAAUGUUUGGCGUGUGAAAGGUCUCAUACAGGUUUCAAGAUCCAUAGGUGAUGCAUAUCUGAAGAAUGCAGAAUUCAACAAGGAGCCUCUACCACAAAAGUUUAGACUACCUGAAACUUUCUUCAAGCCAAUUCUUAGUUGGGAGCCAUCAAUAAUAACGCAUAAACUCCACUCUAAUGAUCAAUUUCUCAUAUUUGCUUCUGACGGCUUAUGGGAGCAACUUAGCAACCAAGAGGCUGUCAAUAUAGUCAGCAACAACCCUCGAAACGGAAUUGCUAGGCGGCUCGUGAAAGCUGCGCUAAGAGAAGCAGCUAAGAAGAGAGAAAUGAGAGUCUCAGACCUCCAGAAGAUUGAACAAGGAGUGAGGAGACACUUCCAUGAUGACAUUACAGUAAUUGUUGUAUUUCUGAAUCCCAAACUGAUAGAUAAUAACUCUCUCUGGGGUUCUCCACUUUCUAUCAGAGGAGGUGGACCAGCCAAUUCUUAGUGCAAAGAAAUAUAGGCUUCCAAUUAUUCUUGUAUAAAGCAGAUAAGUAGAUAUUCUCAUGGAAAGAGUAACUCUUUUCAACAUUUAUCAAGGGAGACCCAAAAAAACUGUACAACGUUUAUAAUGAAUUGAUGAUAGCUGAAUUUAAGAAAAUAGUAACUAUUAAGAGAUGAAAGUUAUGAUUUGUUAAAUGAGAA